CUGAAAUGAGCCGUGUGAUAUGACGAUAUGACUCAUAUUGAGGCUGAUUUGGUGUAUGAAUUUAAGCUAAUAUACAUUAGUCGACCUUCGGAGGAAGGGAAACACCUUCAUUUCGGACCCUUAAAUGAGCUCAUUAUGAGCGUAAAGGUUCCUAACUAUGAGUCCUUAAACACUCAUUUAUGACUCAGAUUGUUUGCUGGGCACACAGCCAAAGAAAAACUUCAGUUUUCAAAUAAACAAAUAGUUUUCUAACAUUUACAAAGCAAUUUUAUUUACAUUUACCUGCAUACAUUCACCAAUUAAGCGGAAAGUCAAGCGGAUUGGAAAUGGCGCUAGUUUGGCAAAUAUGUUUGCUUUACAGCGUUCUUUUAAUCUUGCAGGCAAGUUUUUGAAACUAUUUUCUGAAAGAGUUUUACAGCACAGCCUUAAAUUUGUUAUUCCGUAUAUUUAGUACACGGCAGCACAGCAACUGGAGGAGAAGCUCAGAGAUUUAGAUAUGUUUAUCAUUGAACCAAAUGAAAAUGAGAAUUUAGCCGCUGCGAAUAGAGCAGAUGAGGAAGAUCUGAAGGGGAUGUCAUUUUGGAAUAAUCCUACAAACUGGAUCAUUGUCACCGCUGUGGUUUCAUUGUGCCUCUUGACAGCGCCACUUUGUGUUUACUUGUUUUGUCCAAAUUGUCAUAUUUGUGGAUGCAAGAUGGUCGACGUAGAGCGUACGCACAAUUGAAGUUGCAAUUUGUUGUAUGUAGUAAAUGGUGCUUAAAAAGUUAUAUUUUUUUAUUGGAAAAAUUUACGUCCUUUAAAGCUUAAUACAGAAGCUUUAGUUGGUCCAUAUGGGCAGCCGCCGGAUUAUUGUCGUAUUUCCACGCAACCGUCCCUGAAUUCUUAGAAAACUACAUUAAUUCUAAAUAAAGUUUCUUCUUGCUACUCAGAGGGAAUUAUCAGCUUGGGAAUCAACCGGUUCUUGAUAAUCGCAUUUUGCAGCUUCAGUUGCUUUGUAUACAGCAAAUAAAAAGGAAGGUGUUAGGCAGAAAUGGACAAUUAUUGGAAAGUGUUUUUAUUAUUGAGCGUAUUUCUAUCACCGCAUCUAAUCUGGAUGGGUGCGGAAGCUCGUUUACAUAUCUCAAAAGUUACCCAACCUACGGAAGCAACCACCACACCCAUACCACCUACAAAAGACGAAAUCAUUGAGCAAGUCCUACCAAAAACUACACAGUCAUUGAUACCCGAUACACCAGGUGUACGACAAUUCAAAGAAGAUUUGAUUUCCCAUUUAAUGCCGACUAUAUUGGGGCAAAAAGAAGAUGAAUCUGGUGUUUACGUAGCUCAAUUGUCAUCUGAGGAAGUAGACCAGCCUUGCACCACUGAUAGAGUUCGAAUACAAUUGAUUAGCAGUAGCUUUCCCUUGCCAGAGCGUUUCUUUCAUGCACCAAAGAGAUGUUCGGAAGAAGAUGAAGACUGAAUUUGCGCUUAACAAAGUGGAAAUAUAACAAUUCUUGUAUGAGCAAUAAUUUUUAUGGCAAAAACGCGGUAAAAUAAAUUUAAGCUCGCAAUUGAUGCAAAAAUUAA